CAAGUAUAUUGAGGACUGGAUUUUGAGAAUGAAAUGCAGUACACCAGGAAUUAGGACUAGUGUGUGUAGGAUUUUGGGGGAACAUGAUGAUGGUGUCAAAGGAACAACAUCAAAAGACAGAAGUCCAGCCUUUGGAUUCUCAUCAACAAGUUGUUGUUACUGAAGUGAAGCAGUGGUGGCCAGGGCUGCGGAGACUAGUGCUCCGUAGAGAUGAGACUGACUUUGGUUUCACACUGAGACAUUUCAUUAUAUAUCCACUAAAUAAAAACCAGGAUCUAGAGAAAAAGGAACAUUAUACUGAAACAUCAGAAUGCAACAACCAAAGACAAGAAGCCAUGGACACUAUUUUUGUACGAGAGGUGAAGGAGGGAAGUCCAGCACACACUGCAGGCUUAGUAAUUGGUGAUCGAAUUGUUUCAGUCAAUGGGCAUCCGAUCACAGGGAAAACUUAUUCAGAGGUUAUUGGUUUGAUUCAUAACAGUAGAAACUUGGACUUGCUAGUGGUGCCUAAAGAAGAAGACAUUUUACAAUUGUAUUUUUCCAAUUCAGCUUACCAGCCUGUAGAAAGGAUUACUUCUGGGAACGAUAACAGCUCCGGCAACCAGGAAAUCAUACUUGAAAUUGGAGACAACAUAGAAUAUGAAGAACAAUUUAAAAGGGAUGAAUUUUGUUUAAAAGAACCAACAGACAAGAUUAGGAAGUUUCAAUACCAAGACUUUGCAACUAAUACAUGUGAAGUUGAAAGUGAGGAUGCAUCUCAUGGAGGCAGGGAUGCUGCUAAGCAGCAUGGAUACAGCCAUAUCAAAGUAACAGAAUCAACUCUCUCAUCAACUGUAAAUAAUUCACAUAAAAUAUCAGAAGCCAACAAAAACCCUGUAAACUUGAUUGAUGCAGAAGAUCAUGUGAAUGGUUCUUUUAAUUUUUAUCAAGAAGUUCCUCUUCAUUUUGAUUUUGGAAAAAAACAAGAAUCUCCUUUUAGACUCACAAGCAAUGAAUCUGAUAGGUUUGCUUACAGUUAUACAGAUAUUCAGAGUCUGCAGGUUACUGAUUCUAGUUUUCAACAGUCUCUUGCACCCCAAACAAAAAGUAGAAAAGAAGGGCAAGACACGAUGAAUGAAUUACACAGAGGAGUAGUAGACAAGCACAUGUUUAAAGGUAUUAAAAGUCAUAGUCUCAUAACUCUGGAAGGAGAAAGGAAUGAUGGGUCAGUUCUCAGUACUAUUCGUUAUCCCAUCUUACAGCAGUGUUGUCCCUAUGGACGUCACGGUUCAGAAGAAAUCGUAGAUACACUGAGUGAGCCCUCCAGUCGUAGUUUGACUCCUGAUGUUACUAGGUCCCAACAUGUUUCCUCAUUUCACCUGAUAGACCAGAGAUGCCAUCAGUUUGAACCGAGUUAUCUUUUAGCCAGGCAACUAGAGCGCAUCAAUAUUCACAGAAGUGAGUUGGCUAAGAUGUCUCCUCAUCAUCCUAUCAUGACUCUGAGAGCUGGAAAAUUUCAGGGGAGAGAGGUAAUGAGUGAUAGUGAAACAGCAUCUCCAUCAAGCUUUAACCAUCGAGCAUUACCAAAGCCUCAUCACCAAAUUGUAGGCCUAAAAUGCCAUCCUACAACAUGGACGGGAUUUAGAGAAUUUUCUCAGAAAAAAUUGCCUUCUCGUCUAGAUACUCCAGUUUCUAUCAUUAAAGAAAAAGAACAACAGUUAACAGUGUACGAUGACAUAGCUAAAAUGAAAGACAUAAUACAUGAAGAUGAUGACAGAGCAACAUCUGAUCAACCAUUCAUCUCUCAGAGUUCAUCCAAAGUUGUUCUUAGAAAGAAACCUCCCAUUGGGGAAGUACCUUUAGGUCGUCGAGUUUCCUAUUUGAAAGCUACAGCAAGAGAACGUAUUGAUAUGGAUUCUGAUGUAGAUUACAGUGAUGAAGAGGAAGAUCAUUCCAUAAUCAGUGACCAAUCUGCUCCGAGCAGUACACAUCAACUUCAGAAACUUAGAUCUUUCCAUGGAGAAAAGACUCCAGAGAAAGUUAAAGCUUCAGAAACAAGAGAAGCUGAAGAUGAAUGCAUGGAGCGUCAAGGAUGGUUAGCUUGUAAGGCCCUGACUGUGGAAGGAAAGCGAUCAAGUGACCGCUCUUGGAGACCAGUGUGGGCAGUGCUCAAUGCAGAGAUGCUGUAUCUUUUAAAGGAAAGAAGAGAUCCAUCUGAGGUUGGCCCAGGAAUUGAAGACACACACAUACCAGUAAAAUCAAGCAUAGCAGGAGUAGCUCAUGACUACACAAAAAAGAAGCAUGUCUUUCGAUUGCGUCUUCCUGGAGGUACAGAAUACCUUCUUCAAGCAGACACCCAUGUGCAGAUGAUAGAGUGGCUGGCUGCACUUCAACACAUCAAGAUGGAAGAUCAUGAGGACUGGCUGAAUGAACCAACAUCAGUUUUAGAGAAAGCAGCAGUGUUUGAGCUACAGCAGCUGUGGAAUACUAUGGGACGUCUUUCCCCACUACCCAGGCCAAUCAAGAAGUUUGCCUUGCGACAUCGCUCUCCCUCAGGGACACAUGCACCUAAAACAAGAAGAGCCUCUCAUACUGAUGAAGUGCCCAAGUCUGUUGCUGCAUGGCGUGGUAGAGUAGUUCAUGGUCUAAAAAUGUUUAACUCAACACCAGCCAAAGGGACUAGGUCAGGUUUACGUCUUGAACAAUACCAGGGCUCACAAAAUAAUCAGUUUGUUCCACUGAUAGUAGAUCUGUGUAUCGGUAUUGUUGAAACCCGAGGGCUAGACACAGUUGGAAUCUACAGAGUACCAGGAAAUAAUGCAGCAGUCAGUUUAUUAAUCAAUGCUGUCAACCAACAAACAACCACUAUUGACCUCCAAGAUGCUCACUGGAAUGAUGUGAAUGUUGUCUCUAGUCUCUUGAAAGCUUUCUUCCGAAGGUUGUCAGAACCUCUCUUUACUUCUUCUCUGUAUCCACAGUUCAUUGCUGCCAGUAAAUUAGAUAACCCAGCUUCAAAACUUCAAACAAUUCAUCAAUUGAUUCAUCUUCUUCCUCGUCAUUACUUUGAGACACUAAAAUGUAUAAUGAGCCAUUUAAAGAAAGUUGCGAUUCAUGCCAAUAAUAACAAGAUGGAAGCUCGUAAUCUUGCUAUUGUUUUUGGGCCUACCUUGGUAAGGUCAGCAGACAACAAUAUGGUCGCUUUGGUUACAGACAUGCCCCAUCAGUGUUGUAUUACAGAAACCAUCAUUAAAAAUGCAGAAUGGCUAUUUACUAAGUCACCCACAGAGAACCUAGCAAACUUGCCAGAUAAUUAUGUAAAAAGAUCAUCUGAACCCCUCCCUGUUGCUGAGCAAGAAGUUUUACUUCAAAAUAUUCGUAAGAUAGAUGGGGGAACUGCUGCUGCUGGAAUUAGUGGACGAGAGUUUGUCUCCUCUCUAAUGAGUGCAGCUCAUCAAAAAGUAUGGCAUCGACAAAAGAAAGCAGCCAUUCAUGCUGAUGAGCAGAUCAUUAGUAAUGAAAAAAAAUAUUCUGUAACUGGCCGACAAAGAAAAUUCUUAGAAUAUCAAAGCCUAGAACCUACCAUGCACAAACCAAUAAUGAGUCAAUUCAUGUUUGUUCCUUGGAGUCAUGAAAAGUCCCUGAAAUUGCCCAAGACACUUCCAGACAUGCCCAUCAUGUCUGAUAAUUGCUCCAGUUUCACUUCUUUGUCAUCAUUCUGUACAAGUGAACUUGCAUCUGAUCAGGGGGACUCUGACUCUCAAGUUGAGAGAAGAACUAAAGAAAAAAGAAAACCAUUUGAAAAAAUUGAUGAUGGUGUAGUCCUCCACACUUAUGAAGAGGUGUCUGCUUUAACGAAAGAAAGAAUUAAAUCUUUUGAACAAGAGACUAGAGCUAUUCUUCAGCGGGAUAUAUACAAACAUCAAGAAAAAUCCAGUCAUCACCAGAUGGCUAGGGAGCAAAUUGAACGAGAAUGGCGAAGAGCCAAGCAAGAAAUCGAACAAGAUGACUUACUUGACCAAGUAGCAGAUAACCCUUCUUUUUUUGCUGAUUUAUAUUCAGACCAAAGGCAUGUAGAUCAACACAGAAGAAUGAAUUGCCAUAAUGAAACAACAAAAGAAGUUUUUACCACCACUAAUGUCAAGAAACCUCAGAAAAUUGAAUUGUCUACUUGCCACGGUGAUUCUACUCAGUCAAGUUUAAAACAUCUUUCAUGGACACAAACAGAAAGAAUCUCUGUGCCUGGAGAAGGUGGAUUGGUGUCUGAGCAUUCCAGGAUGCUUGCCCAAAAUUUCCCAAGAUACAGCAGACAACAGAAUCAUCCUCAGAUGAAGAAAUAUGCCUCAACCAAUGGAACUUGUGGAAAAGUAUCAACCAGUAUUCUAACUGACCAGAAAGCUUUACCUGCAACCACUAAACAUGUACUUUUUAGAAGCGAAGCUAGAAAGCAAAUGGAACACCGAUCAUUCUCUAAUGUAUAUCUACCAGAAGCAGGGAAUAGACAAAAUACAACUUCCAUUACAACUAGUCUUGUAUCUUCUGGUAUUCCUACUGGUGAAACUUCUGCCACUGUCUGUAGUCAGGGAACGCAUUGUUCAUCCCAUCAAUUUGUUGGUUCACAUCCAGUGUACCUAGAGGUCUGUGGAAGGUCUCAGUCAAUGGAGUCAACAGUAUCUUAUCAUGGAACUUCAAACACACUUUUACAUUCAAAUCUUAGUCAUUCAGGUGAAGUUAUUCCUACUUCUUUAAUUCCAUCUUCAUCUGGAAUUAGCCCUCCACUAUUGCCCUGGCAGCAAAGUAAUGAAAUUGGUCACACUCAUGACUCCCAAUACACUGUAAGUCAGGGAGAUGCAUCAAGACAUCUUCCUUCUCACCUUUUGUCUUGUUAUCAGCACAGACACACCAAAAGCAGUUCUGUGGAUCUUGAUAAUGAACAGCCUGUAUUAUCUAAGAAAGUGAAAAUGUAAAAUGAAUAUAAAAAGGCUAGUCAUGAAAUAAACUUGCCAACUUAAGUCACCCAUCAGUCAACAAAGUGGUGUUCUCCGAAAAAUAUAUUUUGCUUUGCUUAUAGUAGAUCUGAAAUUAUGUGCAGUUAUGAUGUAUUGUGCAAUAUAUAUAUAUAUAUAUAUAUAUCAGUACAAAUGACUAAAUAAUAACUGUUUCUGUGCCUCAAGCUAAUAAUAUCUUCACCAUUACUAGAGAUAGCUUAUACCCUGUUAUCCAACAAUAGUUUUAUUUAUAUGCCUUUAGAAGAAUUGUUCUGGAAGUAGAUGGUCUUAGGUAGUUGUCCUGCUCAUGUGGCUUUCUUACAUCAUGGCUAUUAAACUAGAUUACUCAUUAAUCAGUUUAGUACAAGAUAAAAAGGAAGAGAUAAAAUUUAAAUCACAGAAUUGAAAACUCUUGUGGUUUAAAGUAUAUGUAAGUGAUGUUUUAAAUCCACAUAGUAAUAGUGUGAUUUAAGAAUGGAAAUAACAGAGCUGUUGUCUUAGGGACAUUUCAGUACAUCAGACAGAAGGAAGGUUGUUGUACUAGGGUAAUAGCACAUGUUUGUAAUAUGAGAAAACUGGUUUUUAGUAGUGAGUUCUUACAUGAGUAUAUAGUUUCAGGUGUAUAAAAUAGUUCUCUUCCACUUAUAUAGUCAGUUGUUUUGAUUAAGGAUGGACUUAGGCUUCAAAGUACAAAUACAUUAGUGAAUUUUCUUGAUGUCCCAUUGCUGUAAACUGUUUCUGAAGUUUAAAUUUAAAGCAUUGAGUGUUAAUGUUUUGUUACUUCAAUAAGUAUAACUUCUUAUUUCCAGUUUUGAUGCAUUCCAUUAGAAAUGUAUUAUUGGAAGUUUUAAGUCCUCUGUGGUAGAAUUUUUUUAGAUAAUUGAUAGCAGAAUAUUUUCAUCAAAAUAAAGUUACAGCAUAAAUGGUCCAUGAAUAGCAUGGUAUUUCUAACCAGGAUCAGCUGUGAAAAGAAAUGAUUACUUUCCUUACUUACAGGUAACUACUAAAGGUGGUGAGUUUCAACAGUAAUGGCUAAGACACUAGUCUCUGACUUUAUAGUAGCAACGGUUAGAAUUGUCUUUAAAAGUAUUUUUAAUUAGUUGAAUAUUCCCAAUCAAAUAAAAUUCAGGACUUUCGGUUAACUUGUAUUACAUGAUUAUGAAAGGUAUCUUUUAAUUCAUUAGAAAAUUAAAACUCAGGCACUCUACUCUUGUCUUCCUCAGCAAUCAUUUUUGACAAGUUGUAUCCAAUGCUUGUGGAAAUAGGAGCUUAACAACUCAGACAUUGGACUCUUGUCUUCCUUAGCAAUCAUUUUUGACAAGUUUUAUCCAAUGCAUGUGGAAAUAGGAGCUUAACAACUCAGACAUUGGACUCUUGUCUUUCUUAGCAGGCAUGUUUGACAAGUUUCAUCCAGUGCAUGUGAAAAUAGGAGCUCUGCAGUAGCAUGAGUCUACUUUUCGGUUACAUUUGCAUACCUUUUGUUGUUCCUACUGUUUAUGUGGCAGAAACAUUCAUCUUAAAAUCAAUAAAUCUUUUUAUCUUGCUUAAUUUUUUACAAAUCUUUAUUUAUUUAUUUUUGUUAUUAAUGCUUUUGUAUAAGUACUGAUUUGUGAUCUCUGUUACAAGGUUCCCUGUUGAUUCUUGUACAUUUUUAAUUGUGCAAUUUUGCAAAAUACAAGUUAAAUAUUAAAGCCCAUUGUAAGCAUAAUGAAAGAUUAUAUGGGCUCAUUAAUGGUUGUAGACGGCUUGAAUGGGUAAUAAACAUUUGCUGUUAUGUUAAACUUAUAUUAAAGCUUUUCUUCAUUAUCAAUUCAAGCCGUCUCCAACCAUUAUAAGUCUCAAAGUGGGUUCCUCGUCAUCGAAUAUGGGCUAAUUGUUUUACCUGUCAAAUGCCAUACAAAUAUGUCAGUUAGUUUUUGUUAGUACAUUGUCUGUGGAUAACUUCAUAUAUUUCCAUUCUGUAAAAAAAAUAGUUUAUGUCAACAAAAUAUUAAGUCUGUUAAUAUAUUAUAUUUUUCAUGAGCUAACACAUCUGUUAAUAUAUUAUAUUUUUCAUGAGCUAACACAUGUAUAGGUAAUUGUGGACGACUUAUUCUCAGUCAUGCGCUUUUGUUUUGUUGUUUCAUUAGAAUGCAUUUCAUGUUAGUUAUCUACCUUGUUCUUUACUUCGUUAACAAGUAUCAUCGUUAUUCUGUAGACAAGUGUUCUUGAAUAUGUGUUCGCAUCAUCGAUAUUUCAGAUAUGGAAUUGUUACAGUUGCUUCUACUCAUUCAAGGUGAAGUUUGUUAAUAAACUAACAAGGAAAUAGUUUUUGUUCAGUGAUUUACAAACGAUCUGAUACUGUAAUCGGUUUCCUUAACUAUCUUCGGGGAUAGAAGAACCGAGUAUCAGCUGUAAAAUCUGAAGAAAAAAAAUCUCCCAUGUGGUUUACGUGUUCUUUGAUAGUUCACUAUAGUGUUAAAAGUAAGUUUUUCUAAUACCUUAUGUUAGGUUAAUAGUUGACAUCCUUUGUCAUCGUGACAUUCUGUUGUUUUGAUCAUCGUACCAAAUUGUUAAAUGAACUUCAUUUGUGUCUUGAUUGAUGUAAUCAACUGAUCUAUGGCUGUAAAUAGUGAAAUCAGUCGUCUGGAACCUGACUCCCUCUUCAUCCUUAACAUUUUUCAUUUCACCUUAAUGAGAUAUUAGUUUAAACACUUGCAGACAAAUACGUUCAAAUACCUAUUCGCUAUAAGUAUAUUAAAUUUAAACCACUUAAACCCUUGGGAAAGCGUUUAGAUUAACUUGGUAUACGUAUAUAUAGUUUGGAUAAUAUAUGAAUCACCUUUUCCUCUGUAUACUACUAAUAUUUACAUCUAGAGUUUUUGUUUCGCACUCAAGUAAAUCACAACAAAUCUUUUCUAUAAAAUAUACAAUGUGAUAAAUUUCACGCCAAAUUAAUCGUUUUAUGCAAGCUUUAGCAAUAUCAGAAAACAAGAUUAUAUUUACAAAAUAAACGUACUGCUUGACCCCACUAGACAAUCAAGAAACAUAAAUAGAAAUAAAUACUUGUUUUACGUGCUCUGAUCUUAAUUGUGCUUUCGUCUUUUACGAUUCAAACAAAUUAAAAAAAUCUGACCAGAAAUUUAGUUAACUGUUGCCAAGACGUGUCACAAAAUAUGUUCUCAAAAUACGUAAAACGUAACUUUGUGGUUAUACUUUGGUAAGUUUACGGACUUACAACGCCAAAAUCUAUGGGCGGUGGACAGCGGAUAGUCCAAUGUGGCUUUGCUCUAUAAGAAACAAUAUACUUUGGUUUCAAUAAAAUAUGAAAUAUUAGCCCAUUUUCGUUUGAGGCUUGUGAGUUUAUUAAAAUUGGGAAAUUCUAAUUGGUCGUUAAGUUAUUUGAACGCUGAGUGUAAAUGUUAAAACGUUUGAAAACAACGUUUCAGCUGGUACUAAAACUUGAAGCGCUCAUUGUAAUACGAAUAAUUUUUCUUUGUCUGUAUGACUAGUACAGUUAAUUGUUGAUUCUGCUAUAAAUAGAGAAAUGUGCAUUUCAAAAAGGAAAACUACAAAAUUAAACGUUUCGGAAUACCAUGUAUCUUGGAUAAGGAAUACAAAUCGCACGACGUAUGACGAACGAGUAGAAAAGACUUGGAGAAUAUCUUGCGAAUGUUCGGUUUUGUUUAAAUCAAAAUAAGUAAUGAGCGUCUUAAGUGUAGUUUUUCGCGAAUAGUUUACGCUAUAGCUAUCAGCCAGACGAAUAUGUAAAACAAAAUACGCGCAACGUAUUGAUUAAAGGUUAUUGCUUUGAAUAUAAAACGCUAUGAUAAGAAAACUGUUAACAUAUAGUAAUUUUUGGUAACGUUGAAUUUCUUGAAGUGUUUAUCAUUUUUCAUUUCUUUUGUGCGAACAUAUUUUUAGAAGUUGUUAAGCAGAAAACCCAGCUUUUUAAGUUGUAAAGAAAAAAUAAUCCCAGUAAACCGUGUGUGAAGUGUACAAAGUGAAAUAUGAUUAUACAUGUAACAAAAAUAUUUACCCAGUAUUGUGCUUACAAUUCUGAGGAAUGGAUAUCAUUCAUAGGCAUUAUAUCAGUCAUUAUACUGUAUGUAUGAAAGUUGUCAAAUAGACAUUUAAAUUGGUGUGAUACGUAUACCUUGCAGUGUUGAUCAUGUGUCCAUCAUGUGUUAUGAUACUCAUGAAUUAAUUAAUUUUUGGGCCUGUAUUGUAGACUUCACUAUAAAUAUAUGGGCUUGUGGUUCGUUGUAAACCUGACGUGCAAUCACAAACUUGUAGAUUCCAUCCCCAUUAUAUUAUGAAUUAUAAAAUAAACGUUUCGUACA